UUUGACAUCAUUUUAACCACACGUAUUUAUUGUUUUUAUAUUUAUUUUAACAAAAUAUUUCUUGUGACACGAUAUUUAAUAAAAAAAAAAAAUAGUUUAUUUUCAUAUCAUAUAAGCUACAGUAUAUAUUUAUGUGAUCAUUACUCUGUUGUGAAAUUAUAUUUACAAAAGAGAUGUGUUAUUAAAUCUCUCUCCAUAUUUUACAGUGUAUUUUGAUAAUCCAUUUCAAUCUUUCCAACAUGCAAACAUUACGAAUAUUUUACUACAUAUUGAUAUUUAUAUUCACAUUAAGAAAUAAAACAAACGCAGAGGAGCAUCGAACGCAAAAUAAGUCAUGUACAAUUGGAUUUGGUAUAGUUGACGACUGUGUUAUAGAUAACACGUUAAGUGAUCACGUUCCUUCUCCAGAUGUUAAGCACAACGAACUAGGCUCCGAAGAAUAUUAUUACAUUAUUGUGAAGAACGAUGACUUGGAUGAUGCUGUUAGGAGCGACGUUGCUUCACAUGAUUUGUUGGACAGUGAGACAGACACGGAUACAGGCAGCAGAGAAUCUGUUGAAAGAAUCGAAACUGAUGAAUUAUACACUACUGAAAUCCCUACUGAAACAGACGAACCAACAGACGAACCGACCACCGUCACCACUGAAGCCACUACAACCGAAGCUAGCUCUGAGGAAACUGACGAACCGACCACCGUCACCACUGAAGCCACUACAACCGAAGCUAGCUCUGAGGAAACAGACGAACCGACCACCGUCACCACUGAAGCCACUACAACCGAAGCUAGCUCUGAGGAAACAGACGAAACGACCACCGUCACCACUGAAGCCACUACCACCGAAGCUAGCUCUGAGGAAACAGACGAAACGACCACCGUCACCACUGAAACCACUACCACUGAAGCCACUACCACCGAAGUUAGCUCUGAGGAAACAGACGAAACGACCACCGUCACCACUGAAGCCACUACCACCGAAGCUAGCUCUGAGGAAACAGACGAACCGACCACCGUCACCACUGAAGCCACUACCACCGAAGCUAGCUCUGAGGAAACAGACGAAACGACCACCGUCACCACUACCACUGAAGCCACUACCACCGAAGCUAGCUCUAAGGAAACUGGCGAACCGACCACCGUCACCACUGAAGCCACUACCACCGAAGCUAGCUCUGAGGAAACAGACGAACCGACCACCGUCACCACUGAAGCCACUACCACCGAAGCUAGCUCUGAGGAAACAGACGAAACGACCACCAUCACCACUGAAGCCACUACAACCGAAGCUAGCUCUGAGGAAACAGACGAAACGACCACCGUCACCACUGAAACCACUACCACUGAAGCCACUACCACCGAAGUUAGCUCUGAGAAAACAGACGAAACGACCACCGUCACCACUGAAGGCACUACCACCGAAGCUAGCUCUGAGGAAACUGACGAACCGACCACCGUCACCACUGAAGCCACUACCACCGAAGCUAGCUCUGAGGAAACAGACGAAACGACCACCGUCACCACUGAAGCCACUACCACCGUAGCUAGCUCUGAGGAAACUGACGAAACGACCACCGUCACCACUGAAGCCACUACCACCGAAGCUAGCUCUGAGGAAACUGGCGAAUCGACCACCGUCACCACUGAAGCCACUACCACCGAAGCUAGCUCUGAGGAAACAGACGAACCGACCACCAUCACCACUGAAGCCACUACCACCGUAGCUAGCUCUGAGGAAACUGACGAAACGACCACCGUCACCACUGAAGCCACUACCACCGAAGCUAGCUCUGAGGAAUCAGACGAACCGACCACCGUCACCACUGAAGCCACUACCACCGUAGCUAGCUCUGAGGAAACUGACGAACCGACCACCGUCACCACUGAAGCCACUACCCGAAACGAACCGACCACCGUCACCACUGAAACCCACUACCACCGAAGUACCACCGAAGCUAGCUCUGAGGAAACAGACGAAACGACCACCGUCACCACUGAAACCACUACCACUGAAGCCACUACCACCGAAGUUAGCUCUGAGGAAACAGACGAAACGACCACCGUCACCACUGAAGCCACUACCACUGAAGCCACUACCACCGAAGUUAGCUCUGAGGAAACAGACGAAACGACCACCGUCACCACUGAAGCCACUACCACCGAAGCUAGCUCUGAGGAAACAGACGAACCGACCACCGUUACCACUGAAGCCACUACCACCGAAGCUAGCUCUGAGGAAACAGACGAACCGACCACCGUCACCACUGAAGCCACUACCACCGAAGCUAGCUCUGAGGAAACAGACGAACUGACCACCGUCACCACUGAAACCACUACCAAUGAAGCCACUACCACCGAAGUUAGCUCUGUGGAAACAGACGAAACGACCACCGUCACCACUGAAGGCACUACCACCGAAGCUAGCUCUGAGGAAACUGACGAACCGACCACCGUCACCACUGAAGCCACUACCACCGAAGCUAGCUCUGAGAAAACAGACGAAUCGACCACCGCCACCACUGAAGCCACUACCACCGAAGCUGGCACUGAGGAAACAGACGAACCGACCACCGUCACCACUGAAGCCACUACCACCGAAGCUAGCUCUGAGGAAACAGACGAAUCGACCACCGCCACCACUGAAGCCACUACCACCGAAGCUAGCUCUGAGGAAACUGACGAACCGACCACUGUCGCCACUGAAGCCACUACCACCGAAGCUAGCUCUGAGGAAACUGACGAAUCGACCACCGCCACCACUGAAGCCACUACCACCGAAGCUAGCUCUGAGGAAACUGACGAACCGACCACCGUCACCACUGAAGCCACUACCACCGAAGCUAGCUCUGAGGAAACUGACGAACCGACCACCGUCACCACUGAAGCCACUACCACCGAAGCUAGCUCUGAGGAAACAGACGAAUCGACCACCGCCACCACUGAAGCCACUACCACCGAAGCUGGCACUGAGGAAACAGACGAACCGACCACUGUCACCACUGAAGCCACUACCACCGAAGCUAGCUCUGAGGAAACAGACGAACCGACCACCGUCACCACUGAAGCCACUACCACCGAAGCUAGCUCUGAGGAAACCAAUACUGAAACCACAGCGCCAAUAUCUACUACCCCAAGUCCAGAGGACAAAAUCGAUCAGAUUUUAGAGGACAUCCAUGAAAUUCUACAAAACGGAACAGACCUUACCAUCGAUGAUAUUAGUGAUGUAUUUGAGCAGGUGAAUGAUCUCUUAGACAUAAAUGACGACGUAACCUUCCCUGGCGAGCUGCUAGACUUACUUGACACUUUGGGAUCUAAAAUCCAAUUAAAUGGUGAACCAAAUGGUACUGUUAUCGGAGAAAAUUUAGCAUUACUUAUGGCAGACGCCUCAUCUGAUAAUCCCGUUAAAGGACUGAGGCUAAAGGAUGGGUCUAGUGGAACACGCAACUCAUUCGUUAAGGAUUCAUUUGAAUUUUUAUCUGACGAUGACAAUUCUAAUCAUCUCGAUGCUGAUCUAAGCGAAGCUAUAGUUUAUUUACCAGACUCUGUAGCAAACUCUACGAGGCGAAUCAGUUUUGUCGUGUUUCGAGAUGGCCAAGCAUUUGAUCACAAGAAUCCUCAUGUCUUCGUCAACAGCAGAGUACUUAGUGUUAAUGUGGAGAAUUUGACACAGUUCGAUCAGAAUGAGGUGGUAACAAUCCAUUUGAAGCCUUCAAGGACCCCAGAACGAAGUAUGAAUCGAUCUUGCGGUUAUUGGAUAUUCCUAGACGAGAACACCGGAUAUUGGUCUCAAGAAGGCUGUACCUUUAUCCAGUCAAGCAACUUAGCUCUUUUAGAUACAUGUAAAUGCAAUAGUCUUGGACGUUUUGCAGAAAUAUUCACUUUACGACCUACUUUUUCUAAGAGCAAUGAGAACGCAUUAAAAGCUAUUUCUAUAACUGGUAGUAGUCUAUCUAUUAUUGGUGCUAUUUUUAUUGUACUCACAGCCAUGUUGUUCAAUUCUUGGAGGACUAAUUUUGCUAAUCAAAUAUGGUUACAGUUGAAUAUUGCAUUAUUUAUAUUAUCAGUUUGCUUUUUAGUUGUUGUUUCUGUAAGGUACGUCGAAUAUAGUGUUUCAUGUUUGCUCACUGGAAUCGUUUUGCAUUAUUCUGUAGUGGCAACAUUUUGUUGGAUAUUAGUGGCUGUUAUAAAAGCAUAUAGAGAUUCGGUUGUGCCCUUUAGUAGCCGCAUCUCUCAUAAAAUGUCAAUUGCAUCUGGUUUUUCCUGGGGAACUCCUAUAGUAUUGAUCGCUAUAUAUCUGUUAGUAGCCAAGGAGCCAUACGUAGGUCGUUUCGAAGAUAUGACACCUAGUGGAAGUUUCUGUUAUCCAUCCGGUAUAGGACUAUGGUUGUCAGUGUAUACGCCCAUGGCUAUCGUACUGUUAGUUAAUGUGAUUUUAUUCUUCUACAUAGUUGGAUUCGCAUCCAGAAGUACACAUAUUCAGAACGUAGAACACGCUCAUAAGGCCAUUAGAUAUGCUCGCGUAGGCUUUGCUCUUGUAAUUAUUUUCGGUUUGGCCUGGAUAUUUGGACUUUUCGCUUACAAUAUUGUCGCGGCUUACAUAUUCACUAUUACAGUAACUCUUAAAUGUUUUAUUUUAUUCUUAUUCAUUGUAUGUGGUGAUAAAGAAACUAGAGAGCUUUGGCUUUGUAAAUUGAAUUUAAAACCAGGACCCACUCAUCAAUAUUCUAGGCGGUUUACGCCACCGUAUUAAUAGUAUGUAACAUUUAAGAUAUUUUAAAUUAUUUGUUCAUUUUAUUUAUUUUAGGAGUUGUUAUGAGUAUGGCAUAGUAUCUAACAAUAGAUUUUCCAAAACGAGGAGUAUAUAGAUCUGUUGUUAUCUAUUAUUGUUAGUAUUUAAAGUAUGUAUUAUUAGUAGUAAUUAUUGUAAAUAAUUCCACCCAGUAUAUUAAGUGUUGCAAAUAUUGUUAUUUUUUUUAAUUAAAGUGCUUUGUUAUAUCAAUA